CGAUAUCAAGUCGUAACAGACGAGUGGUUAGUCUUGAUUAGUCCGCCCUUGUAUGCGCGAAAUGUGAAUCGCUAGGCGUCGGAAUGGAGGGCGUGAAGACUUUAGCAAUUCCGGACUCACUCUGCGAAGAACUGGGCGUAGCAGCAAAAUUAUUGCCUGGCGACAAAAUCGCAGCGUUCUCCUUUAACCUGCAGGAUGACAAAAAAAGAAAAGUACAGACUACUGAAGUAAAGUUACAUCACCUGAGACAAAAUAUUGUAUUAUUCCAUCCAGUUACAAGGAAGCUUAUAAAUGAAUCCAAUGGGGCAUUCUUGGCUGGUCAAAAAAUUGCAAAAAAGGAGAGUGCAAGUGAAGUAAGAUCCAGACUGCUGAAACUUAGCCGGCAGUACAGAUCUAUUAUCCGAGCAUGUCUUGAGGAUCUCCAAACUGAAGCAUCCAUUGUUACUGAUGAAGAAAAGGAUGUCUGCCUGCAUUUGGUUACUAUUUUCUACAACAUUGAAUUUUUGUGGCAUUUAAGUGAGAUUUUGUUCGUAGAUAUUAUACCAGGUGAUGCUGUGCUGCCCCAUCUGCUAGAAUGGGUGCGUUUCCAUUACUUUCACUAUGAGCGGCAAGCUGCAGCGAUGAUCACUACCAGUGGUCGUAGCAGCCCAGCAGAAACACAGGCAAAAUACUGGGAAACCUUGACGGGCCUCGUGCUGCAAGGUCGCACUGAUGCGGCUCGUGCUGUGCUGAAGCUUCACUCAGCUGCCAAUGGAGACGCCAUUUGUGCAGCAGAUGCAUUAUUCCAAACGAUGCCAGUGUACUCAGCUUAUGGUGGACUAUCAGUAACAGAAUUUAAUAUGACAUGGAAAUUCUGGCAAAAUGAACUGAAAUCCAAAAUUGAGUCGGGAAUAUUUGCUUCUAAACCAGAACUGGAACUUCUAAUGCAGGUGAUGGCUGGGGAACCAGAUGCUUUUGCAAAAGUACGGUCGCAGUGUGGUACCUGGUAUCAGUAUAUGGUUGCCUGGUUGCUGUAUACAGAACCUACUGUAAAAACAUUUGAUCUUUCUUUCCAUGCUUCAAAAUGUAUGACAGCAUUUGGUCAGUCAGAACUCAGAGAAGUUGAUCUGGUGCUUCUCGCUAUUUUGGAAUGUAAUGUGAACCAAGUGGUGAAACACAUUUCGGCCACAACAGAAAAUGGCUGGUUUGCUGCACAUUUGACAAAUUUACUUUUCCUUUCAUCGUUACAUCCAGUUCAAGGAAGUUUCCAACGGAAAAUACCAAGCGACCUACACGAACAGCUACUGCUGGAGUAUGGUGCAUUAUUAAUGAGCCAUCAGUCACUGUGGCAGGUUGGGGUUAGUUACUUAGACCACUGUAAAACAUAUGGACGUCACUACCUGGAACUUUUGCUGUCACAUGUUCCAAUUUCCAAUGAAUCCAAAGCUCUUCUUGUUGUCCAGGUUGCAAGGAAUCGAGGGCUCUUUGAAAUAGUGUCAUCUGUUAGCAGAGUGAUGGUGCGUCGGUGGUUAAGAUUGGGAAGAUGGGGAGCAGCAUUGACAUGGGCUCUGCGGUCACAAGAUUCUAAAAUGGCAUCAUAUCUUGCUGAUCAGUACCUACAAGAAUAUUGUGCAAAGGGAUCAUUUUCAUCUAUUGACAUACUUGAAAAUCUGGGAUCAAGCAUGCUACUAAGUGACCGUCUAACAUUCCUUGGCAAGUACUGCGAAUUUCAUCAGCUGUACCGAGCAGGUGACUUCAGAGAGGCUGCAACACUCUUGGUUUCUAUUAUGAUAUCAAAGCUUGCUCCAAAAUAUUUCUGGAUGACACUUCUGAUUGAUUCUUUGCCUCUUUUGGAGUCAAAUGACAUCAUUUUCACAUCAAGUGACACUUAUGGACUAAGCCAAUGCCUGGAAGAACUCUUGUUGGAAAAGGGCAUAGUCUCUCUGUCUACUUCAAGGUGUAAAAAGAGCCAAAAGUCUGUAAAUGAUGCAGAAAUGCCAGACAAAAUUAAUCUAAUAAGAGUAGCUCUAGCUCGCAAUCUUGCAAGAGCACUUAAUUACGAAGCAUGCCAUAUAGUAAAGAAAGAAGUUCCAGACAAAGAUGUGUUUUUAUUAUCAUGAAAGAUUUCUGUAAAACUUAUUCAUUUGUAAUUUUGGUACCAAUAAACAUCUGGCUGUGUGUGUGUAUAAGAA